AUGGCUCGCAAUCGACUCCGGUUGCUCUUCACUCUCCUUUUGGCGCUGGGCGUCGUCGCCCUGUGGUCGUCCCCCUAUGAACAGCUCUACUACCUCCUGCGCAUGCCCGUGGUCUGGAAGUCCUCGACCGUAGAUACAGUCCUCUCGCAGCAGCAGGAUCAAUUCGACCUCACUUUUUCCUCCUAUCCGGCCAACUACUCGACCGUAGACGCCGGAUACACCGCCCUGAUUCCCCCGCUGCUGCAUCACAUCCACCUGGGCUCGCGACCGCCGCGCCAGGCAUGGCUCGACGCGCGACGGGAAUGCUUGAAGUACCACGAGUCGUGGAACGCGACGGUAUGGACCGACGAGAACGCGGACGCGCUGGUCCGCAACGACUACCCGCAUCUCUACACAAUGUGGAAGAGUUACCCGUAUCCGAUCCAGCGGGUGGAUGCGCUGCGGUACAUGAUUCUCCAGAAAUACGGGGGCGUCCUCCUCGACUAUGAUCUCGCAUGCAAACGAUCGCUCGAGCCCCUGCGCCGGUUCGACUUUGUUGCUCCGGCCGCUCAUCCCGCCGGCUACUCCAUCGGCAUGAUGCUUUCCUCGCCGAAUAGCACCUACAUCAAGGCGUUGGUCAACAACCUGUCCGCGUAUAAUCAUCGCUGGGCUUUCCUGCCCUAUGUCACGGUGAUGUUCAGCACGGGCUGCCACUACGCGUCAACCAUCUACACCCUCCAAUCCAACCGCACCAAUUUCCGCAUUCUCGCCGGCCCCGCGGACCAGCCGCGCAUGCACAUGCUCAACGGGCUCGUCAACACCCCGCUGUUCCGCCACCUGGGGUCCUCGUCGUGGCACGACCGCGACGCCCACCUGAUCUCGCUGUUCAAGAAUAUGAAUCUCCGGGCGCUGCUGGUGGUCAUGGUCAUGAUUAUGUUUGGGACGGCGGCGCUGGUGAUGUUCUACGCGAGUCGGCGUGGGCGCGCGCAGGACUCGGACGAGGAGCGGCAGGCGAAUGCGUCGAAGAGUGCGUGA